AUGUCUCGCCUCCCUCCUCCUUGUCUCUCCGUAAACCUCCCCAUCAUGGAGAAACACCUUUCUUCCGAGUUAACCCCGACCCGACUCGGUUUCCCGACCGAGUUCCCUUACGAGUUCGACUCUCCAGCUUUCUCCCCUGGUUUCACCUCCCCGGGAGACUCCACCGAGACGGAAGACGAGAGCAGCGACGACGAAGAAGACUUCCUCGCUAGUUUAACUCGCCGACUCGCUCCCUCGACUCAGCGUCUUCCUCCUCCUUCCUUCAACACCAAAACUGAGGAGAAACGUCAAGUCGCAGCAGCGACUUCGCCACAGUCGACACUGAGUGGACUCGGAAGCUUUUCAAACUCCGGAAGCAGAAGCCCAGACUUUCCACCGCCACAAACGCACACGACGUCAUUUCGUAAAGACAAUGCCUGGGAUGUGAUCUCUGCCGCAGCUGGAGAAGUAGCAAGACUCAAACUCGGAAGCUACGAGUCUCAUCUUCCCCGUCACAACGCAAACCCGAGUCCAAUUCUCCGCCGUCAAAACGCUGCGUUUCAAGCUGAACAGCACUAUCUUCAGCAGCAGCGUCUUCUUGACCAGAUGUGGCUCUGUUCUCAGCCAAGAAUCAAUUCUUCGGAAAAUCAUGUCCCCAAGAGAGUAGUGAACGAUGAAGUUACGUUUGAGAAUCUGAGAUACAUGAGGCACAAUGCUUUAUCCAACGCUUCUUGGACUCCGCAGCACCCUGUAGCUCCCCUGAAACGUCCUUCCGCCGGCACCGGAGUUUUCCUUCCCCGGAGAUACCCAGCAACCUCUUCCGAUUCCCUUAGAAAACCAGUGACAGUCAACACAACAGCUAUGUUGCAAUCAAAGGUCAAUCCUCCGCCAAAUCUCAACUUUGAUGAGUUUCCUAAUCUUGGGUCAAGGCGUACCAAGUUGGAUUACGAGUGCAUGUUAGCGAGAAGUUCACUACUGGCUCGUCAUGGAAAUUUCAGAGGAGUUGGUGGAAACGGUUGUUUGAAUCAAGAGAGACGUCUUCCACAUGAUUGGAUGUAUUAA